AUGGCCGACGACAUGCCGGAUAGUUUGCUACAAAUGAUCCAGUCAAUGGGGGGUAUGGACGUGAGGAACACUGUAGUUCCCUACGGAGGACGCCCAAAGUACGUUAAAUUGGCACCUGGAGAUACCGGGAAGUAUCUCCCUCCAAUCUUCUUUGAAGACCCCCGAAAGCACAAGCCUGAACCAGGCCCAUUGGGCGAGAUACAUACUUGGGGGCUGUAUCCUUACGAGUACGAGGGAAUAGACGAUGACGGUGAUGACCGUCCAGAAGACAACUUUCCAUGCUUUGACGGAACCGCGGCCAUGAUGCGUACAAUGUCAACCCAGCACCUCUACUUUGGCAAACCAGGCCCUGAACAACAAUGGGUUAAAGUCCUCGUUGAAAGGAAAAAGGAACAACUCAAAGAUCUCGAUUUGAGCGGGUUGGACAAACAGGACGUGGUUAUUAAAAUUGAAAUGAGGGUACGAAACCUCCAUUGCUAUCAUUUCACCGACUACAGAGACGGGUCACUCUUUGGACCUGAGAAAUCAGAUUCCAUUGACAUGGUGCACAUCGCGCAGGUGGGGUACAAGUACCUCCCUGACUCCAAAUAUAUGCUGGCCCACCUGUUCGCGAAAGAAGGUGAUAAGAUUGGUUACCUCUACGACUUUGGCGACAAGUGGUUCCACGUGUUAACGAUCGAAAGAAUCUUGCCACUCACAGACUCGCACGGGUCAAUUGAAAUUCUGGACGGAAAGGGUGCUUGUCCAGGAGAGAACAUGCAAGGAACCUACCGCUACGACGAUUUCCUAAAGGACUAUUACUAUAAGGACAACGCUACGGAAAAGUUGAAGAAGAAACGCGAAAUCCUCAAAUCUCCCAACUACACCGGGUUCGCGGGUAAAGCCAGCACCCCUCCCUCCCUCUUCGACCCCGCCCACUUCGACAUUGAAGCUGCCCGAGCCCGGCUCGCCGAAGCGCUCUCCUCAACCAAUUCUGUCCGUAGCGGCUCGAAGAAAUUCAACAUGCCAUUCCCGUUUGGGGUGCCGCUUUCUGCGGACAAGCCUCUCGAUCCCUCGAGGCCUGGCCCUUCUUCGGGUUUAUACAGGAAUCUAGGGAAGAAUGCCCACAAGACGCAAGUGGUGAAAACAUUUGAGCCGGGGUAUGCUGGGUACUGGGAGGAACUAGAAUCUAAUGUAAAGGAUAAGAGGAGGGAGACGCUUUGUGCGCACUGCGGGAAGCCUGGGGAUGAGGCGCUGAAGCAGUGCGGAGGGUGCAGGCAGGUCCUGUAUUGUUCGCCUGAGCAUCAGAAGUUUCAUUGGAGAGCCAUGCACAAGAACCAGUGCAGCCGACGGUAUUUGAAGAAAGACGACUGA